CAAAUAAAAAUUAAAGUGCUAAACUUUCGCGCAGACAGUUUAACAAAUACUGCACACAUAGAGUUUCAUGCAUAUGAGCCUAUCCAAUAGAUAUAUAUAUAUAUAUUUAAAAGCAAAGUAUGACCGAUAAUCAGGCGGGGCCAGUGGCAAAGGAAUCGACUACCCACAGCGAAAACCCACAGCCGGUGCCAUCGACAACAUCCACUAGUGCUGUACCACCUGGUUGCCCGGCCAAUGUUGUGACCAUACCCGUGCCCAUUCUACAAUCGGAGGGCAAUUUCGCUUACGUCACCGUGAAGGGCUCGCUGCAUGAUUACACCUGUACCGUAUUUGGCUUGAAUCAGGCUGAGGUGCAAGCCUUGUCGAAUCGUUUAUCCGUUAAGCCUUGCGUCAAUGGAGUCCUAGUCGCUGUACCGCCAAUGGUUAUGCUAAAUACCCUAGCACAACUCAGCUAUAAGGUAGUUUGUAGCUGCGGCGAAGCGGAAAUCUGUUGGACAAUGCAGCGCGAGGUUUAACGAAGUUGCAAAGUUUGAUUCGA